UGCCCCGCGCUUGUUGCAGUGUCACGGCCGGCCCGGCGCGCCCCGGCCAUGAAGCAGGACGGCGCCUCCCGCCGCCGCGGCGACAAGGCCAAGGCUCCCCCCGAGGGGCCGCCGCCGGCACCUCCCGACGUAGAGAUGCAGGAGGAGGCGGCGGCGACGACGACGACGGCGGCGGCCGAAACGGCUGGGGAAAAGCAGCCGCAGAGAGAGCUUGACGCCAUCACGUUGGAGGACAUCAAGGAGCAUGUGAAGCAGCUGGAGAAGGCUGUGGCAGGGAAGGAGCCUCGCUACGUGCUGCGGGCGCUGCGGGCGCUGCCCUCCACCUCGCGCCGCCUCAACUCCAACGUGCUGCACAAGGCCAUCAAUGGCUUCUUCACCUCCAACACCACCCUGAGGGACUUCCUCCUGGCCUUCCUGGAGGAGGCCAUGGACACAGAAGCUGAGCUGCAGUUUCGCCCCCGGACGGGGAAGGCAGCCUCAGCCCCUCUCUUGCCAGAGGUGGAGACCUACCUGCAGCUGCUCCUGGUCAUCUACCUGAUGAACAGCAAGCGGUACCCGGAGGCUCAGAAAGUCUCUGACGACCUGAUGCAGAAGAUCAGCUCCCAGAACCGCCGGGCCCUCGACCUGGUGGUGGCAAAGUGCUACUACUACCACUCCCGCAUCUACGAGUUCCUCAACAAGCUCGACGUGGUCAGGAGCUUCCUGCACGCCCGGCUCCGCACGGCCACGCUGCGGCACGACGCCGACGGCCAGGCCACCCUCCUGAACCUGCUGCUCAGGAACUAUCUCCACUACAACCUCUAUGACCAAGCAGAGAAGUUGGUCUCCAAGUCUGUGUUCCCUGAGCAGGCCAACAACAACGAGUGGGCUCGGUACCUCUACUACACAGGGCGCAUCAAGGCCAUCCAGCUGGAGUACUCCGAGGCGCGCAGGACCAUGACCAACGCCCUGCGCAAGGCCCCGCAGCACACCGCCGUUGGCUUCAAGCAGACGGUGCACAAGCUGCUGAUCGUGGUGGAGCUGCUGCUGGGGGAGAUCCCGGACCGGCUGCAGUUCCGGCAGCCCUCGCUCAAGCGCUCCCUGAUGCCCUACUUCCUCCUGACCCAGGCUGUCAGGACUGGCAACCUGGCCAAGUUCAACCAGGUCCUGGAUCAGUUCGGGGACAAGUUCCAGGCGGACGGCACCUACACCCUGAUCAUCCGCCUGAGGCACAACGUCAUCAAGACAGGUGUGCGCAUGAUCAGCCUCUCCUACUCCCGCAUCUCCCUGGCCGACAUCGCCCAGAAGCUGCAGCUGGACAGCCCUGAGGACGCGGAGUUCAUCGUGGCCAAGGCCAUCCGGGACGGUGUGAUCGAGGCCAGCAUCAACCACGAGAAAGGCUACGUCCAGUCCAAGGAGAUGAUUGACAUCUACUCCACGCGGGAGCCCCAGCUGGCCUUCCACCAGCGCAUCUCCUUCUGCCUCGACAUCCACAACAUGUCAGUCAAGGCCAUGAGGUUCCCACCCAAAUCUUACAACAAGGACUUGGAGUCUGCCGAGGAGCGCCGGGAGCGCGAGCAGCAGGACCUGGAGUUCGCCAAGGAGAUGGCAGAGGAUGAUGAUGAUGGCUUCCCCUGAGCCCCUGGCCUGCCUCCAGCGGUUUUUAUUUGUCCUUAGGGAAGAUCCUGCCUGGGGGGGGAGCCUCCCCCAGCCCAGCCCUGGCCUCCCCCAGCCCAGCCCUGGCCUCCCCCACCCUCUGUCUACCUUUCUUUUAUAAAGCCUGCAUGUCUGUCCUGUGGGAGGGGG